AGUUGCUUUCGAAUGGUCCGCCUAAUGUGACGUUUCCUGUGGCUAUAUAAUUUCGAGAAACGAAAAACUAAUUCUUGCAAAAAGAAUAACACGAACGGCAACAGCGGUGCAACAAAGGUCGUUCGAGCUUGCAGCGAAUAUUCCACAGCAACGGACGGAACGUUUAAUUUUCUCUACUGAAAAAACUAUCAUGAAAAGCUCGUCCAUGUCCGGCUGCUAGGCUAGGACAGAGGCAUUUGUUUGCCGAGAAGCUAUAAUUCAUGAUGAAAAUCACAUAAAUCACAAGGAACUGCUAGCCGCAAAAGGGGAGAAAACGACAAAAAUUACUUCGGACUAUUAGGAGAACGAAUCAAGACCACACGAAGAGGACAGCAGUGACCCAUGAACAAGAGAUCGAAGAGUAAAGCUAAAAUGAAAGGACUUAAGUCUAACAAAGAGUCGAGUACUAGGCUGGAUGUGAAUCUGUGGGAGCAAAACGAAGACCGCUUUACCACCAUCCACAUGCCGGGAUCCAGGGCGUUGUGCAAGAAGGGCGCUGCAGAAGUGGGUAUCGGAGGGGGAGGCAGAGGAACCGCACCAGUAAUGGUGCCAGCGGGAGGAGCUCUGCCCCGGGUUGUCUGUCCUUCUAAUGCAGCGGCCUUGGCCAAGGACGUCGUGUCAACAGCAAAGGCAUCCAAGGCAGCAACGCAAAUGAGCACCACCCCCACAGCCCUAAGCAUUUCUGGCUGCGCCUCUGGCACUGCUCUGGUUACAAUCGAUGUUGCGCUCGUGGAGGCUUCCGAUGCGGAGCCUGAGCCGGAGCGGGGCAACUGGAGCGGUCGCUUCGACUUUCUGCUCUCGCUGCUGGGGUACUCCGUGGGCUUGGGAAAUGUGUGGCGCUUUCCAUACCUGUGCUACAACAAUGGCGGAGGUGCUUUUCUGAUUCCAUUCACCAUAAUGCUGGUGAUUGCAGGGCUGCCGCUAAUGUUCAUGGAACUGUCGUUUGGACAAUACGCUGCUUUGGGUCCGGUGGCCGUAUACAGGCGGUUCUGCCCUCUGUUUCGAGGCCUGGGCACUGGCAUGAUCCUGGUAUCGGCUAUCGUUAUGCUAUAUUAUAACCUAAUCAUUGCUUGGACCAUAUUCUAUAUGUUUGCCUCGCUGGGCACUACGCUUCCUUGGCAGAACUGCGAGCCGGAAUGGAGCACGAAACAUUGCUUCUCGUAUGUCCAGGCGGAUCAGUGCGAGGCCACAAACGGCACCUACUACCUGCGCACCUGCUACAAUUCAACCGUGGCCGACGAAAAUAACAUCACGGCCCUGGCCCUGCAUGCUCUGAAGCGUCCACCAGCCGAGGAGUACUUCAACAAUUUUGUGCUGGGUCUGUCGUCCGGAAUCGAGGAGACUGGCAGCAUUAAGACCUCUUUGGCGGCCUGUCUCUUCAUGGCCUGGGUUAUUGUGUUCCUCUGCCUGAGCAAGGGUGUGCAGUCCUCCGGCAAGGUUGUGUACUUCACAGCUCUCUUUCCGUACGUUGUUUUGGUCAUUCUUUUUGUGCGGGGUGUAACACUUCCCGGCGCUAGUACUGGCAUACUAUUCUAUCUGACACCCGACUGGAAGCAGCUGGCCAAUGCACAGGUGUGGGGCGAUGCGGCGGUGCAGAUAUUCUUUGCCCUGAGUCCCUCCUGGGGUGGCCUGAUUACCCUCUCCUCCUACAACAAGUUCUCCAACAAUUGCUACAAGGACUCCAUGAUCGUGGCUUUCUGCAAUAUUGCUACCUCGUUCUUUGCUGGGCUGGUGAUUUUCUCAAUCAUUGGCUUCCUGGCUCAUGAGCUGGAUGUGGAUGUGGGAAAAGUGGUAGAUCAGGGUGCUGGCCUGGCAUUCAUUGUCUACCCGGAAGUCGUGACCCGUCUGCCAAUUUCCCCUGUUUGGUCGGUGCUCUUCUUUGUAAUGCUUUUGACCCUGGGGCUGGACUCGCAGUUCGCUUUAAUGGAAACAGUGACCACGGCCAUUUUGGAUAAGUUUCCCAACCUGCGUCACUCCAAAAUCUGGGUGGUGCUGUCGGUGGCUAUAUUUGGGUACAUCGGCGGACUCGGCUUCACCACCAAUAGCGGGAUGUAUUGGCUACAACUAAUGGACAAAUACGCAGCCAAUUGGUCUGUCCUACUCAUUGCUAUCUCGGAGUGCAUUCUUAUUUCCUGGGUGUACGGAUCACAGCGUUUCCUCAACGACAUCCAGGGCAUGAUUGGCAAGAGAUCCUGGCUGUGGAACACCUUCUGGGGCAUCAUGUGGCGGUACAUAACACCAGCCACUCUUCUGUUCAUUUUGUUCUUCAAUUGGGUGGAAUACAAGCCGGCCAAGUAUGGGCACUACGUCUAUCCCUUGUGGGCUGACACUGUGGGAUGGAUCAUCGGACUGCUGCCCGUGCUUAUUGUGUUCCUGGUAGGUUUCCAGCAAAUCUGGAAGGCGCCCAAGCAGCUCAGCUUCCUGGAGCGUAUCAAGUUUCUGCUAAGACCUACCGCCGAAUGGGGGCCGGCGGGCAGACCCUGCGUUAACCUACAUGCCGAACGUUAUCAGACCCAGAACUACGAUGGCUUGACCAAUACACAGAUCCUGAUCCAUGCUUCCUCCGAUAUGCCAGCAUUCGAGGAUGCCGAAUCUAAUGACAAUGGCAGUGGCAAUAACACCCAAAACAGAUGCUGCGACGAGGCCAUGCAACUCUGAGAGCGGGUUAAGGCAUCCUCGUUGACAGUGGUGACCGUUGAUGAGGACGUUGAUGCCCUGCCACUGGCAACUGUUGGCAAGCUGCCAGGACCAAGCAUCCUAAAGUCCUCAGCGAGGCACAGCAGCAUUCAACAGGCGAUAGUUGAGAACGGCAGGCACAGGAACCAGACUCAGACACUCACCCAUACCCAGACCACUUCCAGCAAGCAGCCUGUCGUCUUGACAGAUAAGGAACCAGUGGACAACCAAACUGUUGAGAAAAACUUGGUUGGCACUACCGAAGUUCUGGCAACUGGCACCAUGAGCAGCGGACGUGAGUGCAUCACCAUGUCCACAUUCGCAGGCGUUGGGGAGAAGGACCCCAAGAAAGUAAAUCCACCGUCACUUGGAACUCUUGCUUCAGUAAAAGUGUCCGGGGCUACUACUGUUACAUCUCCUACAAAAGUAUCGCCACCUGCAAAACUCGGUGCUGCUGUAACUCCUGCCACCAUGGCGUCACCGGCACCAGCAGUGUCCUCUAUCGUGGAUGCGAUCAAAACGACUUCGUCAGCAGCGGCGGCUGUUUCUUCAGUCUCAGCAGAGAUCCCGGAGUUAGCUAAGUCCAAAACCAUUCAUGCUGGUAGUGUAUCAGAGUACAAGCCUAUAUCUGGGCUCACUAUAAAUCCCACUGAAACGAAACCAAAGCAGAAAACUAAAGCGGCAUCGACUUCAAACGUUAAUGUGGCCAGCACCACAAUAGUCAAUGCCAAAGUGAUUGCAAAUGCAUCAGCUUUAACCAAACAGAAGCCGCAAGUAGCUGACGGUAUAAAGGGCACAUUUACCCAGACAGCUCUUUGUGAUGCCAAAGAGAGAGCGAAGCCACCGCCAACUACUGUCAAAGGAUUAUCGAUUUCCAAGAUUUCAACAACAGAAAGCACAGCGAUUACUGCAACUGCAGCACCAAACCCCCAAGUAGCAAAAUCCAUAACAGCUGGUACUAUUUCUACCAAAAGCACAAGCACAACAGCCAAGGGAUCAUGUUCAAAGCCUACAACAAGUGGAGAAAAAGCCACGCCAGCAACUGCCAAGCUAUCCGAGGGAUCGGAAACCGCCCCAAGGGAAAUAUCAUCUGUCAAACCAUCAGCCUCAGCUCUUCAAACAAAACGCAGCUCUGUAACAUCAGACAUCGCAACAAAAGCAAACAAGAAAGUCAAGGCCACCAAACCAGGCACUGUAAAGCCAAUGGCUUCAAGUCCCACAAAGUCGACAGUCAAGCCAGUAAACCCAAUGGCAACCAGCCCCACAAAAACAGUAAAAGGAAAGUCUAUAACAUCACCUGGAACCUCUGCCAAGACAGGAGCAUCAUCAGCUGGAACGUCUGGUAAGACAGGAGCACCUACCAGUGAGACCAGCAGUCACGGCAAAGCGAAGGCACAUCUAUCAACCGCAUCUAAAUAGGCAGACGAAGAGAUCUCGUAUUCUC